CAGUCGCAGAUGGUGACUUCUCAAAAGAAAAGUUAGAGGAAAGAAGGAAACAUGCGAAAGAGAGAAAGGAAAUGUGGCGCGGAGUACUGUUACGAGAAGAACAAGAACUACAGCGUGAGCUGCGGGCACAUGAUGACAUACUGAUGGUGGAUGUUGUUGAUGUUUACCGCAAUCUUCCCAAAAAACUGCUCAAAUUUUACAACUGGACUGUAAAGAAUACGCAGUUUAACUUUACUCUGAAGACAGACGAUGACUGUUUCGUUGAUGUGGAAGCAAUCAUCAAGGUAAGGGUUUUGUACUUUGAGAAAUGUAUCAAACCCGAAAGACCGUGUUUGAUCGCAUUUUGAAACACUGAGAAGAGCGUUGAAAAUA